AUGUAUAUAUAUAUAUAAUUAUAUAUACAUAUAUGCAGCUUGGAAUGGGAAGUGCAGUAGAGACACUAUGUGGACAAGCAUAUGGAGCACACAAGUAUGAGAUGCUUGGGAUAUAUCUGCAGAGAUCAACAAUCCUUCUAAUGCUGGCUGGACUCCCCCUCUUGUUGGCAUACAUCUUCUCCAAACAGAUAUUGCUCUUAUUAGGGGAGUCCCAAGCCGUUGCCUCCGCCUCCGCCCUUUUUGUCUACGGCCUCAUCCCCCAGAUCUUUGCCUACGCCACCAACUUCCCCAUUCAAAAGUUCUUGCAGUCCCAGAGCAUUGUCAACCCUAGUGCAUACAUAUCAGGGGCAACGCUGGUGGUGCACCUAUUGCUGACGUGGGUGGUGGUGUUUGUGCUGGACGGCGGACUGCUGGGGGCGGCGCUGGUGCUCAGCCUGUCGUGGUGGAUCAUAGUGGCGGCCCAGUUCGCCUACAUACUGCUGUCCAAAAGGUGCGAGAAGACUUGGGGCGGGUUCAGCUGGAGGGCAUUUUCGGGAUUGUGGGAUUUCUUCAAGCUCUCACUUGCCUCUGCCGUUAUGCUGUGUUUGGAGACUUGGUAUUUCCAGAUUAUGGUUUUGAUUGCUGGCCUUCUCCCUGAUCCUGAGGUCGCUUUGGAUUCUCUUGCUGUUUGUUCAACCAUUCUGGGAUGGGUGUUCAUGAUAUCUGUAGGCUUCAAUGCAGCUGCAAGGUUAGUGUCAUUUUACUGUUUUUUUGUGAUUGUCAUUUUACUAGUGAGCAUUAUCUUGGAUUGACAUUUUCCAAUAUCCCACAAAAUUAAAGGACUCUAUUUUUCCUUGUUAGAUGCUCUUUUUUUUAUAUUCCUUUUUAAAUAUGUGCAGAGUACAAAGUACAAUGAAAUUCGAAUUAAGAGAUCUCUAUGGAUUGGAGCCAACAUUUAGUAUUAAAAUAUAAAUAUUCAGUCCGU